AUUCCAUUUAAUUGUGUGGCGUGACCUUUGAGGAGGCUGACGUCACACGUGAUGUCACGUGCUUCUCGCGUGUCUUCUGGGAUGGGGAGGAGGCGGAGGAGAGAGAGAGUGUAUGAAAAGAAGUGUGUGUCAUAUGUAUAUAUUUUCCUGCUAUGUUUGUAGUUGGUCUCGCCUAAAUCGGAUGGCGUGUGUUUGCUUUGGUUUUUCCGGCCGUGGUGGCGUACACUGAUGUCUUCCCCCCAUGGCGUGUAUCUCGUGUAAACAUCUACGAAGUGAGGAAGUGGGAUGUGGCCCCGGUUCUAUCUGCGCUUACGGUCCACGAUGCGACACGAUUCGAGCGCCUGGUGCGCGCGCACCAACCCCUCUACCGCGCGGAUGUGUAUAAAAGCGCGCGAGUGAUGGCAUCUUCUUUAUGUUGCAGCUGCAUCAUCAUCACCAUCACCACGAUCAUCACCCCCACGAUUAUCAGCGCCACCACGACCACGACGAAGGCUCUUUGGGAUUGGUCUCGCGCUGGAACACGUCACACGUGCGCCGUAAUGUAGCGGACGGCGGCGCGUUUUAUUUAUUUAUUUAUUUUACUUUCCUUUGUAUUUCGUUCCUCUUAGCGUAUUUAUAAACAGAGCGUCAGUUGCGUCGGAUCAUGGACUCGUCGUUAACGCUGGGGAGGCUGGAGCACGGGCGCGCCGCCGUGAUUCCGGACGCGCGCCUCAACGGACCGGGGGCGAAGGACAGGAGCGCGCAGAAUGCGGGGACGCGCGCGGGACCUCUCGGCUGCGUGCCGCUCUCCCACCAGGUCGCGGGCCACAAGUACGGCGUGGACAAAGUAGGUAUAUUGCAGCAUCCUGAUGGCACGGUACUAAAGCAGCUCCAACCUCCUCCCAGAGGACCCAGAGAGAUGCAGUUCUAUAGCAUGAUUUACGCCAAGGACUGCUGUGACCCGUGCCUACUCGAGCUGCAGGAGCAUCUUCCCAAGUAUUACGGCACUUGGUCUUCUCCUGACAACCCCACAGAGCUGUACUUGAAACUGGAGGACGUCACACGCCGCUUCCAGAAGCCCUGCAUCAUGGACGUGAAGAUCGGCCAACGUAGUUACGACCCCUUUGCCUCACAAGAAAAGCGUGAGCAGCAGAUCAGGAAGUACCCCCUGAUGGAAGAGAUUGGCUUCCUGUUGCUCGGUAUGAGGGUGUACAAUGUGGGCUUGGACAGCUUUGACACAUAUAACCAGCAUUAUGGAAGGGGUCUCAUGAAGGAUACCGUUAAAGAUGGCCUGUGUAAGUUCUUCUACAACGGCGACCUCCUGCGCCGAGACGUCAUCACUGCCAGUAUCACCAAGGUCCAGAACAUUCUUCGUUGGUUUGAGAACCAGAGCCAGUUGAACUUUUACGCCAGCUCUUUACUCUUCGUGUACGAGGGGCUCCCCUUGACUCUGGAUGAGAAAUCCAGCACCCUGCAGAAGAACGAAGGUCUCUCCACCAUGUACUCCCUGCACAAGAAGCAAGGCUAUAUGCCGAGCCUCCAUCAAAGCAAGCAGGACAACAGCGUGUGGCAUGACGGCCUCACACAUCCGGACGCCGGCGAGCAGGAGGCCGACGAGACGAUCCAAGCAGAGGUCCGUAUGAUCGACUUUGCACACGUUUUUCCCAGCGAGGUCCGGGACAAUGGCUACAUCUACGGCCUGAGGAACCUGCUCAGGGUGCUGCAACAGAUACUGGAAGACUGAAAAAACUGCUUUUCAUGGUUCAGAGCCGUAAUGCGCUGUUCUGUUCAUCUCAUCAGAGAGGAUAUUUUUCAAAGUGUUGCUACUCUCGUUCUUCUCACCUAUUCAGGCCCUGCACUACCUGGACUACAAUGAAGUACCCCAGUUGAAAAGCGUGGUCUUAUAGUCUGUCUAAAUGAGCCUGAUUUAUCUCUCUCUCUCUUUUUUUUUUUUUUUUUUUUUCUUUUAAAUAUGUAAAGUGUUUUACUCAGGUAAACCCAUAACAUGGUUUUUUGUAGUAUUAUCCUGCAGUGGCAGAAGUGUCACCUUGACACCCUCCCCAAAAAAAACCCCCAAAAACAUUGUAUUCCCAAGACAAGAUUAGCAAAGUAUUUUUUUCCGUUUGUUUUCACAUGGCUGCCAGAGGUUUGGACUAAGGUUUCUCUAACGUUCACUGCCAAAAUGACCCUGCGUAUUCACUGCAAACUUCCCCUGUGUAAAUACGUUAUUAUACACUACUUGUGUAAAAGUUGUGCUUUUUGAACGACCCAUUCCACAUCUAGUCUCCCUUUACUGUUGUAACAACCUCCACUCUCUGGGGAAGAUGUUCCACUAGAUUUCAUGAUUGCGUUCAUGCCGAUACAAGGGUGUUCAGGUACUGAUGAAGGUUAGGAGACCUUGGGUGUGUUCCAAUUCAUUUCAAAGGGGUUUAGAGGGGUUGAGGACGGAGCAUUAUUGCAGGUUACUGAAGAUCUUCCAUUCCUGCUUUGUGUACAGGAGCAUUGUCAUGCUGGAACAGGUUUUGGUCUCCUAGUUAAAGUAAAGGGUAAAUUGAAAUCUAGCAUAUCUAAAGACAUUCUUUACUAUUGUGUGCCUCCAACAUUUUGAGGAAGAACCAAAUAUGGCUGAAAAUAUCUGCUUUCCCAAUACUUUUGUUCAUAUAGUCAUUUUGGGUGAUUUGACCAUGCAGUCAUCACAAAAAAAGAAAAAUUGCUGGGGGAGAAGAAAACGAUUUGUAUGAAAAUUAAGACCAGGAUGAACAGAUUUAUUUUCUUUGUCAUUGAAAUUAUUUUUAUUACUUUAUUUUAUUUUUUGGUGUAUUAGUCCUUAAUAUUGCAUUGCAUUUAUAUUAACACAUCCUGUUGCAGCAAUUUUGUAUUUUAUUUUUCUUUAUUUUAUUUUAAAGGCAUUGCAAAUUUUUCUAGAAUCUCAUAUAGGUGCAGAAUCACUGUAUACACUGACACUUAAUCUGUGAAAAUGUAUUACUCAUCUCAAAGCUUGCUUUAUUCUUUUUUUUUUUUUUAACUGUAAAGGAAAUGUGGAAAAUGGAAUCCGCUCAUGUAUUGGUUCUGUGUUAUAUGUAGUAUGUCUAACGACCUUGUCUUAUGCUGAAUGACUGCCGCUUCUUUUAGUCUGAUUUCACAUUCCUGUUGAUUUUAAGCAGAACAAGGGUACGCUUUCUGCUUGUCUCCCCAUUCCCGCAGAAGAAAGCCGAGCUCUUGAAAGGAAAAAAAAGGGGGGAAAAUUGAAAUUGCAUAUCUUUGGGCAAAGUCGAAACUACCUGUGCGUCUAAUUCCCUGGCUCUUGUCUCAUUCUCAGGAACGUAUUAUCGUCACGAGGACUUCAAAGUAUUCGAGACAUCCGUAUGCAAGGACUCGAAGGAAAAAGGCCGUGGGCCAAGUUCAAGCUAGAUGCAUUUUUUUUUUUCUGUAGCAUGCACCGUUAAAUUGAGGAUUUUUUAUUUGCAUUCCAUGUAAUGAAUUAAUUUUUAUUUUUAUUAUUUGUUCUCCUGCUAUUACAUUUACUGCAUUUGUUUUCAUUCAUGCACUGAAGGAAGUGGAAAUACUGUAUGAUGUAUGCAUCAGCCUUCCUGCUGUGAACUAAUCCAGUCGUCGCUUAAAAUCUUAAUUCAUUUAGUUUUAUAUUCGAUUUUAUUUUUUUAUUUUUUAUUAUUUUUUUCCAAAAACAGUUGCACCUGAGAUUUGUGCUGUUGCUCAAAGCACUUUAAUGAUUUGCUAGACUGGAUUUUACUGAUGAAACUAGAUGACUGAACUAGCUGUAAAGGCAUCUUACAAUUUUCUUUUCUUUUCUUUUCUUUUUUUUUUAAUGUCUUUAAAUAGAAUUUAUCUUUAACCAUGUGUAACCUGGUUCUAAUCUCAUUUUUUUUUCUCUGUGCUAAUGAAACCGGAAGUUUCGUUUUGUUUAACAAAAAAAAAAAAAGAAUAAUCAGGGUAAAUUUGGUUUAUGUUCUGAGGAAAAUGUAAAGUCUAAUUCAUUUUUGCCUUCCUGACAUACGCAGACGUGUUUAAAACCAACCCAUGUUUUAAAGCUCGGACUCUGGAAAAAAUAAUCCAGGUUAAGAACUGGAAUGGCCACUACUAAUGUGAACCCUAUCUUAAGUUUUUGUUCUAUAGAUGUAUAACGUAUUAAUCAGACUCAUUUAUUAGGUGUAUAUUUGGCAAAUCUAUUAUUAUUAAUAAAAACACUCUUAUGAGC